AUGGGCUCCGUCUCCUCAGCGCUGGCGCGGUCCCGGUCCCGCAACGCCGUGGUGCAGUUGGGCUCGUCGCCGGCGCCCCAGCCAGAGGCGCCUCCGGCUGCCCCCGCUACUCGCGGAGACCCUUUCGCGCUCCAGCAGACCCGGAGGCUUGGCCCAGGGCGUGGAGAGGCGGCCACCCGGCCCGCAGCCUGGGAGGCUCAGCGGGCAGCGCCGAGCCCGGAGAGGCAGGCGAAGUUGGCGAGUCCGGAGCUGUCCCCGGUGCUGAACAGUGAAGAGAGUAUGCCUGAGUCCCAGCAGUCUCGAAGCCCCAGCGCUGCGGAAGGGACAGAGAAUGGGAACAGAAUCUGGAAGAGCAUGCAGUCAAGCGAGAGAGCAUUUUCUUUUAUGAUGGAAGACAUAACAGAUUUGUGUUCUGAUGAGAAUGAUCCAGUAAAGAGAAGGACACUGAUGGCGCAGGAGAGAGAGGGCCAUGGCAGGAGCCUUGAUCUUGAGCAGACAACAGCGGAUGGACCUGUGUGCCCUGAAGAAGGCCUGGCCCCUCACCACUGCUCACAGCCCCAGUGGAGCCUUAGUUGCUGGCUGGGCACUUCCUGGGGGCAGCGGUGGCAGGACCAGCGCUAA